AUUAUAUAUUUAUAAUUUAUAUACUCAAAAAUUAUACAAUAGAGUAUAUCAAAAUACACUUGUAGACGUAUACAAAUGAAAUCAACAAAUAAUUGAUACCCAAGUCCCAAGCACAGGAAGCCGGCAGGAAAUAGUAAAAGUGGUGCAAGUUUCAACUAAAAACAAUAAUAAACAAAGAAAAAUAUCCUUUACCUAAAAACCAAACAAAAUAAAAUUUCUCUAUUGUCCUUAUCAUUGUCUCCUCAACCCCAAGAUUUUAUUAGUUAUAAAAUGACCUCCAACUUACUAAAGAACUACAAGAACCACUUCAAUUAGCAAUCCCUAAUUAAUUUCUCAAACACCAAGUAAAACAUCUUCCAACCUAAGUGUAUUUUCAAGAAAAUUAAACACAAGAAGUUCAAGCAACUUGCUAGCUAAAUUUCAUCAUCAAAUGGCAUCUGAAAAGAACAACAAUUAUUCUGAUAGCUCAAGUGAAGACACGAUGGAUCGCGAAUCGGAGAAAUUCAACGAUGAUAAUACUGGUAUGGGACGUUCAUAUGAGUGUAAUUUUUGUAAAAGAGGGUUCACAAAUGCUCAAGCUUUAGGUGGUCACAUGAAUAUUCAUAGAAAAGACAAGUUGAAGGCCAAGCAAAACAAUUCUCAUCAUCAUCAAGAAUCUACUUCAAGAAAAUUAUCCCAACAAGAAGCUAAUUAUUAUGCCUUUGAUAAUUCAAGGUUCUCUGCACCUAAUUCAAGUACUCAUGAUGAACAACAUCACUAUUCUAGGGCACAAAUGAACAGUUACCAAUUUUUCUUCCAAUUACCUCAAAACCCUAGCUACCAACAUGUUUAUACUAAUCACCAUGAUGAUUCGCGUUCGAGGCAUGACAAUUGUUAUGAUGCUAAUAAUCUUAGUCUGAGAAUUGGACCUACAAUUGUUGACGAUGAUGAAGAAGAUCAAGGAGGGAAGAAAAAUGUCGAUGUUGAACUUGAUUUGGAGCUUCGUCUUGGCUAUAAUAAUCACUAGUCAAUCAUCGUUAGUGAUCAAUUUUUAUUUCUAUACUUAGUAGUUUGAAGAAAUGAUCAUGGUGUACAGAAAUCAAGUGGUUACCCAUUGAAGUGCUUUAUUCAGAAGCCGAAAGGGGAAAAUA